AUGCAAUCACUCGUCCUCCCCCCUACAGCCUUCACCAGCACACAGUUUGGACAUCCAAGAUUCAAUUCAGCCUCAGAACGGCUUGCGCUUAAUUACACCAUACCGACAAAUGCUCGUCUGUGCAAUCCCCGGGACCUUCCACCCGUUCACCCUAUGUCCAGCUCGGUCCCGGCAGAAGACCCGCUGGAGACUCCUCGACACGUCAGACCACCCCCUCAUACAACGGGGCUACCAACAGGUACGGCUGUGCCAGUGACUGCGCCCACAGUGACAACCGCGUCCGUGUCAGAGGCGGCUCUAGCUUCGGGAUCUUCCGCCCCCGCGACAGGCCAUCAUUCAGCAUUCCAACAACAUGUGGCCCCUGCCACUGGAGAAGAGAUACGACCACCAUUCGUCUUCAAUGAAACCGUCCCUGCUUCCCAAACACCGCUUGGGACCACCGAACAACGAGCAGUACAAGAGCCCUCGACGACGUUUCCACCCUCAACUUUCGGAACCUCACCGACUGGCACAACCACAAGAGCGCUGCUGCCAAAAGGGACGAGGCGCACUAAAGCUCACGUCGCAUCGGCGUGUGUUAACUGCAAGAAGAAGCAUCUGGGGUGCGAUUCUGCCCGGCCUUGUCGACGGUGCGUCUUGUCGGGAAAGGAGGUAAGUCAUUCUAUUCUAGUCCACAUUAUGCUGGGAGAUAUUGGGUUCGUUGCUAAGAUAUCAAUGCUGUUGAAAAAAAAGGCCACCUGUGUUGAUGUUACGCAUAAGAAAAGAGGAAGGCCACCACUGAAGGCUGAAGAUGCGUCUCUCAGGACGUACGCAUCACAGGCAGAGAAUGCGGCGACAUCUGGAGAGCAGCAGACCCCUCUAUCCAGACGCACUCAUACGCAUAGGUCGACCGGCUCCCGCGAAAUUCGACCUGUGACAGACCUUCAGAUGCCUGGUACACCACGUGGGACAGUUGGGUUUAGGACUCCCCCGGGUCACCCUCACAGGUGGUCGACUUCCGUAUUCCCCCAGGUCGUGGAUCCCUCAUUAUCAAUGCAGGCAAAUCUUGGACAUAGGCGCUUUUCUUCUUCCGGCUCCAUACCGCAGAUGACAGUCGCGUCGCCGCCGAGUUUUGUCCCUCUGACCAGUGGUUUCAGUCCUGCGCUCAAUCUCGGCCGCACGCCGAUGGGUGCAGGAAGGCCUAUUUCUUCAUAUACUAACCAGGCAUUACCUCCCGCCACAUCUCCACCGCAAUAUCAACAACCAUUCGGUGUGCCCAUGCCGGCAUAUACAGGGAGUCCAAGAAUGGUGAGCCGGUUGCCGGCGGGCGACGCUCGCGAAGCAUACCCCGAAUCUCCAGUCCGAUUGCCCCCUAUUUUUCCUCCAGCGAUGACGCACUCCCGUCCCCCGCCGCAGGCACAUCGGUUGAGCGAUCCGUACCCGGCAGCGUGGUCGCCUCGACUUCGUCAGGAGCUGAUGCAGCCACAACCACAGCAGCAGCAGCAGCAGACUGGAGGUUCGUCGCCGCACAGUUUCAUGGAGCCAAUAUCUCCUGCCACGCAAACGCGUCACGCAGCGCUCGAACAAUCAAUUCCAAUUAUACAAGGAGUACAAAGUCUUUCAGCGCAGUCGUCUCCAGCUCGUCCUCGACACGAGCAACCGGCUGCGGGAUCGGAAACAGGCGAAUCCAGGCCCGCCAAGAGGCGAAAGAUGGCCUUGGAUGAUAUGGUUAACGACUGA